GUGACGUGGCGUGCCCGCAGUGUGGUUCGGACAGGUGCGAGUGCCCCGGCAGCCCAGGUCCGAGCCCCAGCCCAGACACCAAGUGCAGCUGGGAGGAGCACAGGAACAGCGACGGCAACAAUUUGCUGCAAGCUCCCUGGUCCCAGGACCCGCAGGCGUGUUGCAACCGCUGCGGCGAGCAGUCGGGGUGCGCGGCGUGGACCUUCAUUCAGGGCAGCCACGAGUGCUGGUUGAAGAGCUGGGUGCCGUCUAGGGACCAGUGGCGCUGGGACGACUCGGCCAUCAGCGGCCAAAUCGGGGCGCCGAGCCUCCAGGCGCCGCGACGUGGCGUGCCCGCAGUGUGGUUCGGACAGGUGCGAGUGCCCCAGCAGCCCAGGUCCGAGCCCCAGCCCAGACACCAAGUGCAGCUGGGAGGAGCACGUGAACAGCGACGGCAACAAUUUGCUGCAAGCUCCCUGGUCCCAGGACCCGCAGGCGUGCUGCAACCACUGCGGCGGGCAGUCGGGGUGCGCGGCGUGGACCUUCAUUCAGGGCAGCCACGAGUGCUGGUUGAAGAGCUGGGUGCCGUCUAG